AUGGUACUCGUCUACAAAGACCCCUCAGUAGUUGACACCCGCAUGGCGGCCAUCUUCGAAGAGACAUACGCCAAACUUCAAAAGCUGCGUAUGGACUCAAGGUGCUUGCCCGAUGGGCGCAUAGGGGACGACUGCCUUUAUCUUAAUGACACUUGCAACUACGCCGUUGCUCGUAUUUGGGCUCAGCCCGCUUUGGGCGACAUUCGCAGCAUGAUUCCUUGGCCGUAUCGCGGCGAUGAUCCCAAAUUCAAGCCGUCCCACCAUGUGAUCCAGUUUCCGAGGACGCCCACCGAAUGGGGGCUGCCUCUCGCGGAUCUCAUCGUGCAUUUCUCUGACUACCUGACCGUCACCCUCAGUGAGCCCUUCGGGGAAGACUACAACACCUGCGUGUAUUCCUUCUCGCUGCUGCCUUGGGUUCGUGAGCGUGUCUUCUCGGCUGCGGCACUCAAGUGCCAUGGUGAACCGAUGUCGAAGGCCUCCCUUAUGCGUCAUAUCGCAGUGAACAUGUUGCGCGCUCUCCGAGAGAAGCGCCCCGAUAUGACCGGACCCCAGGUCUUCCGACAGCUGAUCAAUGCACACUUCCGCCAAUUGGUCAUUGUGGGACACUCAGAGAGGCAGAAGACGAUUUUUGCGCAAGUUCAUUGGGCGUACCCAACUUCUCCGUACUAG